AUGUCCCCUCCGCGAUAUGCCCCGGCGCAGGUCAGCCUGCCUCGUCUGCUCCCGAGCGUCACCUCCUUUCUUACCUUUAUCCUGGGAAUGCUGCUCUUGUUCGCCGGCACGCAGCGUCAAUUCCUGCCUGAAGCAGAUCUGCUUACGUUGAAUUUGCCCGAUACUGACAAGCCAGACGGCGUCCCCGACUUCUUCAAGGUGUAUCUCCUCGCCUAUUGCCAAGGAACCAACGAGGAGUGCCUGACGGAGGACACCAACACGACCAGCAUCGUGACCAAACUGACGGACUGCUCGGACCGCGAUCUGCUAUUCAGCUUCAAUCCCGGCGAUGCCGUCGCCACGGCGUUGGGACUGUCCCCGGACGACCCUCUGCCCGGCAUGGAGUGGCCCGGCUGGAUCGACGACGACUUCGACGCGAUAGGGACGACUGCCCAGGCCAUGUCGGUGCUCUACGUGAUCGGGACGACGGGUGCUGGCGUGUCCAUCGCGGUGAGCCUGUGGACGACGUGGAGCGCGUCGCCGCUCUCGCCACCGUCGACGAUCCAGUUUCUCGUGUUGUUGACGAGCAUGGUCAGUCUCGGUAUCGCGUCCAUCAUUGCGAACAUCAUCUCCACGCAGUUCGUCAGCCUGAUCAACAACUCCGGAGAAGGCCCAGGUAUCACGGCUGAUCACGGUAAGGCCUUUCUGGCGCUUUCCUGGACGGCCAUGGGCUUCCAAUCCCUGGGCACGGCGGCCAGUCUCAUCUCCAUUCUGGUUUAUCGCGCCAAACAUUGUAGAUGUGACUGGGACGAGGGAUCCGCGGCAUCUCCGGACAUGGGGGAGCACAAGCCAUUGGUGGAGGGAUAA